AUCCGCGCCGUUCAAUUCGAGGAAGGCAAAAAAUUUCUAUUUUCUGUUUCCAUAUUUAGGGUUGCCCUGCCCCUAAUCACAGAGCUGUAAUAUUUACUAAUACAAACAAAAUCAUUUUUAUUUUUAUUUAUUUUUCCUCUGAUUUUUUUUUCUUGUCAGAGAUUUUGUUAUAAGGAAAGAAAGAGAUUUUCUUUCACCCAGAAAAAAUUCAGUAGUAUUCAUUCUCUUGCAGAGGGAGGGAGAAGAUAGAGGAGGAAGAGAAAAAAAAUGGAGGAUGAAGAAAUGGGGGAGACGGAAAUGUUUGUUGUUGUUGAAGAAGAAGAAGAGGAUGAGGAAUAUGAUGGAAGGAAUGCGGUGGAAGUGAAAAUAGAUUUAGAUUAUGAGUAUGAUGCUACCAAAUAUUUUGAUUUUAGUAGAGAAGAAACGGAGUUUGAAGCUGCAAAUGCUGAAAUGUGGUUUGAUAGAGCUGGAGAUUAUCCUCCUUCUCCCUUUGUAGCAAAAUUGAGGUUGGGGCUUGAUAUGGGUAGAGAUAGUGCAAGCACCUGUUCCAGACAUGAGGAUAUGGACGAAGAAUCUACCUCUACUCACUCGGACAUGGAUAUGGCUCCAGAGAUAGAGCUAUCUGUUUUAGAUGAGAGAUGCAGAGGGCUUACAUUUUAUAAUCACAUGGAGAAAGAUAUUACAAAAGCCAAAUUGAAGUCUGGUAACAAGAAAUCUUUUCCAAGGAGCUCGACUUUAAUGAAACCUACAGCUAGUCAGUUGGCCAAGCAAAACCAAUUUGUGAAUAGGUUUCAGAAGCCAUUACUUCCAAAUAGUGAUAGAAGCACGGAUAGUGUUUCCAUAAUUGGAACUCAAGCUCCCAAGAGACAGAAGUUAGAGGGAGGUCACUUGCAUAAGGUAGCUGAAACAAAGCAGCAACACAGCUUGACACACAAAGCACCUAAAAAGGAUGGUCCUGUUUCUAAUAUCUCUACACAUGCUAAGAUGAAAAUUACCAUUCCAAGAGAGCCUGAACUGGAAACUGCACAUAGGGCACGGAGACUGAGGUCCAAGAAUGGUACAGAUUUAAGAGAAGAACCCAAACCAACUAUACAUCAAUUUAAAGCACUCCCCUUGAACAGAAAAAUUCUCGAAGCUCCUACGUUGGCGCUUCGGAAAAAGAGCACACCAAAGUUGCCCCAGUUUCAAGUAUUUCACUUAAAGACAUCGGAAAGAGCUACUCAACAUACAUCUGCUGCUUCAGCAUCCUCUCCUCCUUGUGAUAAAACUGUUAAGGUGGUGCACAAAUUUAAUGCUAGUUCCACGGUACAGAAUGGAACCACAGACUCCAAAAGGCCUAGUAUUGUUGAUAUUCCAAGGCAGGAAGCAUCUGAAAUUACAAACAAAUUUAAAGCAAGACCACUAAAUAGAAAGAUAUUUUCAAGCAAAGGGGACAUUGGUGUUUUCCGUAAUACCAAGCGGGAGCCAACAAUACCGAUGGAAUUCAAUUUCCCCACAGAUAAGAGGUUCAAUCAUAUUCCACCUGUAGAUCUUUUUGACAAGCUCUCCCUCACAACUGAGUCACGGCAGAAUGCUGUUCCUCAGCCAAGAUUGCCUCGGCCCGCUCGCAUACCUACGGGGUCAAAGGAGAAUGCAGUAGGUUCGCUGCAACAAGGAAAUAUGACAAUCCAAACAGUUAAAGAUAAAGCACAGAUCUUUGGGGUAAAACAAAAUCAAUGUGGAGGUGAUCUAGAAUCCGGAAUUGGAACGAGAGCUAACAUGAGCAGGACUUUGGACAUUCGUUGAGACUUACAGAAGUGCAAACUUUCUUGACAGGUGUUCUUUUUUGAACUUACUUUGAUUGGAGAUUGAAGCAAAUCAACAUAUCAAAGUCUCUCUCUUUCAACAAAUGACAAAGGUAUACAUGUACAUGGAAUUAACGUGAAGUCAAUAGUACCGAUGAUUAUUUUUCUUGGAACUGAUCUUCAAGGGAAGACAUGUCAUGACUUGACUUGGAUUCCUGUAAGUUGUGAGGUCUUUAUUGAAUGGUUGCUAAAAAGGGAAAUCUGAGAACAUGGUUGAACCUCACUUGGAGAUGGAACUCGAUAGAAAUGUAGAAAGCCCGGAGUUGUACAGUUUUGAAGGUCUCUAAUCUUUUACAUAUAGCAUUUUUUUUCUUCUAGAAAUCAUUAAAAAUGUAGAUUUACACCAGAUAGUAACGGUACCCUCUAUAUGUGACACAUCUCUCUGUUGUUACUUCAAAAUUUUCCAAUUAAAAGUUUCAACAUACUACUAAUUUCCAUUUGGGAUCCUUUUGAUACUGGGUUGAUAGAGUACACGAGUCGUACGUAGCUUCUGUACUAUUAUUAUGAAAUGAAGCAGGGUUCUCAUGUUUAGA